GCUAAUUAUUAUUCUCUCUGACUCUACUACAAUGGACGGCGGCGCGUGCAUAAAUGACAGUCUUGGCGACGAUGAGCUUCGGGCGGUGCUGUUAAAGUUGGAGCACGACAAGGACAAGGAAGUGUUUGGGCUGGUGUGCAAGAGAUGGCUCCAUUUACAGAGCACCGAGAGGAGGAAGGUUUGUGCUCGUGCCGGCCCUCACAAGCUCCAGAGACUCGCCGCUCGUUUCACGCGCUUGCACGAGCUUGAUCUGUCGCAGUCGGUCUCGAGGUCGUUUUAUCCUGGCUUCACUGACUCGGAUCUUUCCUUUAUUGCCGCCGCCUUAUCGUCCUUGCGAAUUCUCAACCUUCAGAAUUGCAAAGGUAUAACCGAUAUUGGAAUGACAGCUAUUGGUUCUGGGCUAUCUUCCCUGCAGUCUUUAGAUGUAUCCUACUGCAGAAAGCUAACAGAUAAGGGGUUAUCAUCUGUUGCUCAGGGUUGCCCCAACCUCAGAGUGUUGCAUCUUGCUGGUUGCAAAUUUGUAACCGAUGCUCUAUUAAGAUCUCUUUCCAAGAACUGCAAUAAUAUAGAGGAAUUGGGUUUCCAAGGAUGCAGUAAAUUAACUGACUCAGGAAUAACUGUUCUUGUUGCUGGGUGUCAAAGUCUGAAACAUUUAGACAUCAAUAAGUGCAUUAACAUUGGAGACGUUGCGGUAACUAGUGUAGCAAAAGCUUGUUCAUCAUCACUUAGAACAUUGAAGUUAUUGGAUUGCUACAAGGUUGGGGAUGAGUCUGUAUUAUCCUUGGCCAAAUACUGUGAAAAUCUUGAGACACUUGUCAUUGGUGGAUGUCGGGACAUAUCUGAUGGAGCCAUAAAAUCAUUGGCUUCUUGUCAUGGCAGUCUUAAGAAUCUACGCAUGGAUUGGUGUUUAAAUGUUACUGAUACAUCCUUGGACUGCAUAUUUUCGGUAUGCACGGAGCUCGAGGUUCUUGACGUUGGGUGCUGUGAAGAGGUUACAGAUGCAGCAUUCCUGGGAUUAGGAAAUGGAGAUUUCAAGUUGAGUUUGAAAAUAUUGAGGGUGAGCAACUGUCCAAUGAUUACAGUGCUAGGCAUUAGCAAACUGUUGAAAUCUUGUGAAAGUCUUGAGUAUCUCGAUGUGCGUUCAUGCCCUCAUAUAACCAUUGCUAGAUGCGAGCAGGCUGGAUUGCAGUUUCCGGAGAGAUGUAAGGUGAAUUUUGUUGGGGGUUUGGCUGAGCCAGAUGUGCUACGCUGAGACUGUGAUUUGUGAAUAUAUGGCAAGUUCUGUUAUUUUGAAGGUUCCUUUGUUCGAUUGGAGCUUUCCGUCCAUGGUUUCGUUCACCAUGUUAUUUCGCCCUACAGUAUUGCUUAUGUAUUCUAGAGCUUUUGAUUUCUUUCUGAUUUAUUUCCCCACAUCUCUGCACUAGGAUUUGUCAUCUUCCCCUGCUCAUAAAUUCUAUGGCUAGAAGCCCAAGUUCAUAUGUAAGCGUUUAUGUUCAAUUAAUUGGGUAUCAAUAACAAAGACAUUUGUGAAUAUUUAUCGAAUACUAAUUCUAUUUGAUCUAUGAAUUGAGAA